AUAGAAAUGGAGAUCGUUGUGUUUGACAUCGUGUAUCAACAAUUUCUGAUAUCUUGUGUUAUGUAGUGAUUAAUAAAUAAAAGUGCAAAGGUUUUCGUUGACUUUAUGCAAAUAAUGUUCGUAGCUUGUUGAACUUUUACGGAGAGAUAUUGAGCAAAAUUCUGUUUGUUUAUUAACGCCAACAAGACGAAGUAAUCAUGGCGGAUCCACUGAGUUUGCUUCGACAAUAUAACGUAAAUAAAAAAGAAAUUAUUGAACGGGACAACCAAAUUAUAUUUGGCGAAUUUUCGUGGCCGAAAAAUGUUAAAACAAACUAUCUUAUGUGGGGUUCGGGCAAGGAGGGGUGCGAAAAAGAAUAUUACACUUUGGAAUGCCUGCUUUUCAUACUUAAAAAUACACACUUGACCCAUCCUGUUUAUGUAAAACAAGCAGCUGCUGCAAAUAUACCACCUGUGCGCCGUCCCGAUCGUAAGGAUAUGCUUGCAUAUCUUAAUGGUGAGACGGCAACUAGUGCAUCUAUUGACAAAAGUGCACCCUUAGAAAUACCAACACAGGUUAAACGAACACAUGACCAUGAUGGUGGCGAAUCAGCAGCCAAGAAACCUCGUAUUGAAGAGAUUCAUGUACAAAAAGUGCGAGAGCAACUUGCAGCUCGCCUUGAUGCACCUAAAGAAGCUUCUGUCACCGUUGACAAUAUCAAAUCUCUAUCUGAAGCCAUGUCUGUGGAAAAGAUUGCAGCUAUUAAGGCAAAACGUUUGGCUAAAAAAAGGACUACAAUUAAAAGUAAUGACUACUCUGAUACACUUGGUGUGGUUGGAUCAGACUUGAGGGCUAUAUUGGAUUAUGAUGUUGAUCUCACCAAGGAUAUUAUCAGUCGAGAAAGGCAGUGGAGGACUAGGACAACAGUAUUACAGAGCAAUGGAAAAAUAUUUGCAAAGAGCAUUGGAGCACUACUUGGAAGUAUAAAAGCAAGGGAAGAAGGCAGGGCAGGAGUGCCGAGGCCUCAACCAGUCGUGCUUCCCCAACCAACUACAAUCCCUGCACAGCAAACACAGUAUAACAGAUACGAUCAGGAAAGAUUUAUUAGGCAAAAAGAAGAAACGGAGGGCUUCAAAAUCGACACUAUGGGAACAUAUCAUGGUAUGACACUGAAGUCAGUGACAGAGGGCCCCAGCGUGCCCGUUGCGGCGCGAGCUCCUGCCACGCCGAACCAUCCACGACAAAUGCCACAAAACGGCCCUAUACCAAGCACGCCCGGUCGUAAAGAGCUUUUACCAGUGGCGGCUGCAAGGCCUCCAACGGGCGGAGGGAAGAGACCAUCUCGAACGCCCAUCAUCAUCAUACCCGCAGCUGCUACGUCACUCAUAUCUAUGUUCAAUGUUAAGGAUAUGCUUCAGGAUCUUAAAUUCGUGGCUGUGGAGCAAAAGAAAGCCGAAGGCGCCACACGUGAAAAUGAAGUAUUAUUGCAGAGGCGAAAGGGUCCAUCUGGUGACAAUGUACCCAACAAUGCAACAACAAUAACGGUCCCAUAUCGCGUGGUGGACAAUCCCAGCAGGCUAUCAGCGGCGGAAUGGGACCGCGUGGUGGCCGUGUUCGUGCAGGGACCGGCCUGGCAGUUCAAGGGCUGGCCCUGGGAUGGAAACCCUGUGCAGAUAUUUGCUAAUAUAUGCGCGUUCCACCUGAAGUUCGACGAGAUGAAGCUAGACGCGAACGUGGCGCGGUGGGCGGUGACGGUGAUCAACCUGAGCCGCACCAAGCGACAUCUCGACCGCGCCGCGCUGCUCGGCUUCUGGGAGACGCUCGACAAGCACAUGAUGAAGAAUAAGCCACACCUUAGGUUUUAAUUUUGUUAUAGUGUUAUUGAAUUUUAUCCUAUAGAUAAAUAUAUUGUGUGAAUAUAUGAACGCCUUACUAGCAAGCGAAUCUAAGUCAAUUCAUACCAUUUAAUUAUUAUUUUGACUGACUGAAGUGAUAUUAUUUAACCAAUACAUAGCUGUUACGAUAUUAAGAGAAUGUAUCUCUAAGUUUCCACAAGUAGUUUAAUAAAACCUUGUUACUCCGCUGUUUUGUUAAUCACUAUUGCCUUAUAUACAGUUUUCAGUUUUUAUAACCCUCCUUAGAUUGUGGUAAUUUUUACAGAAGUAUCUCGGUUUAAUAACGAAGUUUUUGUUUUGUCCUUCAUAAAUAUCGGAAUAUUUUUCAUACCCUAUACUUACUCUUUUAAAUAAAUUUUAUAUAAAUUGAAAUUAUUGACUAAUUACAUCUACUCGCUUCUUGACUUGACUUCUCAAUUAAAAUUCCUCAAAAGAUUAACAGUCGCGAAACUCUCGUGUAGAUGUAGUUUUAAUAAAAAUACUUUGGAUCAUUAUAAAAUCCCAAUCAACGAGAUAAUUAGUUUUUUGACCUUUUCUUAAUAUAUUUAAAUAGUUAUCUCUAUCCAGGCUUUUGCUAUUUGUAUAAAAUUGCAAUGUCUUGUAUGCUGAAUCGAGUUUAAUGAAAUAUUUGUUUUCGAAUUUAAUAAAAUUAUUAAUAUUAAGUAAUAUCGCGAGAAUAAUAAACAAGUUAAAGAUAUAAUAGGUAUCAAAAAAUAUCUGAAUAUUUUCAUAAAUGUUACAAAUAGGUAUUGAGAGCAGGGCUAGUCGUUAAAAUUAUAUAUUAAUAGAUCUUAAAUCUUCAUAACCCACUUUGAAUUAUAGGUUAUUUCAAUAGAAUAUUUCUAUUCGUUUGUGAAUAAAAGCGUCGCCCAUGUAUCGAAUGUUUUGAUUAAACACUUUGGUUCAUUGAAUUGGCGCCUUGCCGGCGUUGUUAAACCGCGGCUCCUAGCAACAGUGUCGUCACGCGACCUCAUACUCCCAAGUGCCUUUGCGAACUGCGACAUUCCAUAAUCUACGUGCCAACGUUAAUGACUCGUCACAACAAGCUUAAAUUGCAUAAAUUACUCUCAAUUUCAAUUUGAUACUCGGAUGAAUUGAACAUUCAUUACUGGGAAUAAGCGGUACCAAAAAUAAUACAAUACUUGCUCUAUGUAAUGUUUUAGUCGUGUAAAGUUUUGACUCUUGUGUUAUUCAGCCAAAGUACAAUUAAAUGGUAUGGAAAUGUCAAAAGAUCUGUGAUCUUUGUCAUAUAACAACAAUAAAUUGUUGAACUUA